AUGGUGUUUCGAAAUAGCUUUCAAAAGCAACAAGAAAGCAAAGAUGCUGCAGUCACCAGUCCCAUCUCUCCGCAUUAUUUGGAUCAAGCGUCUUUGCUCUUCAAGAGUCCAUCAGACCACAGCCCUGAGAGCCCAUCAACGUGCUUCGAGACAAUUGAGGACUUGACAGCUACAGGAUGCACUGAGAAGGUAAAUCAGCAGCCAGUGAUUCCAAGCGAGUUAUAUCAUGGUCUUGAGCCUUAUGAAGCGCCAGAUAGCACGAAAUCACGUCAAAUCACAGGGCCCAACACCAGAUCACAUAUUACAUACUCCUAUUACCCAUUCCUUACCUUUGACAUGUCCGGCCUGGAGCCCGACGAUGUUCACUAUCUUGAGUCUCGCAGCUGUUUGAGUGUUCCUACUCCCGACGCCCUGGAUGACUUCAUUCGAGAGUAUUUUCUGCACGUGCAUCCUGGUCUUCCUCUGUUGGACGAGGCCCAGUUUUGGGCUGUUUACUCUGGUGACAAGGAGCCGUGUGGAGAGCCAACUAUCUCACUAUUCUUGUUCCAGGCAAUGCUAUUCGCUUCAUGCAGUUUCGUCCCUUUCUCGACGUUGAAAUGUCUUGGGUUCACUUCCAGGCGCAAUGCUAGAGAGAAAUACUAUCGUCGGGCCAAGCUUCUACUGGACAUCUGCUCUGGCAGGUACCUCGUAUCUAAUGCACAAGGGGCAUUACUACUAACCUACUACGCCACCACACGAGACCGAGCGCGUACAAACUCCAUCUUGCUUGCAACAGCUAUUCAGCUUGCGCAGUGUGCAGGAGCCGAUCAGUUUCACAAAAGGCCAGAUCAAGACUCGGAUAUGACCAAUAGACUGAAGCGUCUUUGGUGGUGUUGCAUAGUGCGAGAUAGGAUACUGCCCCUCGGUGUUCGGAGACAGUUGCAUAUUACUUCGAUAAAUUCAGCUCUGGAUCACUUGACGGAACAAGACUUUUCGAAAGAGAUUCAAGAGUCACAAGUAUACUCAGCGCAGACUAAGCGGAGUCUAGUUUAUCUUUUUAUCAGCCUUUGCGAGCUGGCAGUUCCAUUCACAAGUGUGAUUCAGACGGUUUAUGGGACGGGACAGUCAGCUGCAGAUGCCAUUUCUACAAUGAUCGAGAACCAGAAACAGAUCGAAGAGUCUAUCAAGUUUUGCGAGAUCGGUCUAAAUGCCUGGUUUGAUAAGGCGACUAUUCAGUUCCCUACCCCUGCUGGGAUCAUAAAUCCUGAGAAGUCGCUCGUUCUGUACACGAAUUUAAUGUACAUAUACUAUUACUCCGCCCGCGUCGCGCUAUAUCAAUAUGAGGCAUUCGUCGUUAGUCUUACUUCGCCAGGAGCCGGUAUGGACGACAAGUUACACCAGACGCGGCUCCAGCUGGAAGAUGCUACACUAGGAAUUACAGACAACCUGAAGGAACUAGUUCAACUCAAAGUCGCCAAGUUUCUUCCAGUUAGCAUCAUUGCGUUUGCAGCGCUGCCUCUGGUGUUGCAUAUUCUGGAUGUCAAACUUGCAAAGUUACCAUUACAGACAGCCCGGAAACAAGGUAGACUCAAUAUAUAUAUGGAAGCGAUGAAGGGACUGCAGAACCUUUAUGAUGGUGUUGACGACGUCUGGACUUUCAUCCGUGGUGCUAUCGACUCUGCAACUUCUGGGACCUUGGAUACAGCUGAUGCCAGCUACAAUAGCGCCAUUUGUUCUAAAGUAUCUGUUUCUAUCCAGGCCGCUGAUAAUUGGGGUAAAUUCCUAUUACAGGAACCUAUUCUCUACUUCCGUCUCUCGCGGACGAUUGAUCUCUCAUUGGCUGUUGGAUGUUAUGCAGAGGACUCUUCGCUCAGUCUAUUACUGACCACAGCACAGUUUUCAAGUCCGAGCCACAUCUUCGUCGGUGCUGACGUUCCUGCUGAAAGCCAGACCUCUGCUAUUGGUUGUGAUAAAGCAUCUAUAGACGAGAAAGGUAACACAGAGAUUGAAGACAUCUGUGCUGAAAUGAGGUCCGACAAAUUUGAUGAAAUUGGGGACUUGGAUGGAUAUGACCUUGAGUUGGAAUCUUUCCAGACACUUGAGUUCCUGGAUAUGUUUGAGUUGGACUUGGAAGAUGGAUUAAACAGCGAGAGAUGA